UUUCUAAAUUAAGAUAUUUCAUCAUGCACCUUCAAAGGGACGUCCAAUCAAAUGAUUCCUGAUGGAUCACAUGACAUUCUUACUACGUUCAGUAUUUCGUCAGUUUUUAACAAGUUACAAAAGUACGAGCACUAUUGUUUUGUAUAAAAUACGGAAUAUCAAUUCAUAAGGAAAAUAUGGCAAUGGUGGAAAUAAACAUCGACAACUUGAUCGGUCGUCUGCUGGAAGUCAGAAAUUCUAAACAUGGCACAGUUGUUAAAAUGGAGGAAGGAGAAAUCAGAUCUCUCUGUCUCAAAGCGAGAGAGAUUUUCCUUAGUCAGCCAAACUUACUAGAGUUAGAGGCCCCAAUCAAAGUGUGUGGGGACAUCCACGGACAGUACACGGACCUACUUCGUCUGUUUGAGUGCGGGGGAUUCCCCCCGGAAUCUAAUUACCUUUUUCUCGGAGAUUAUGUGGACAGGGGGAAGCAGUCUUUAGAAACCAUUUGUCUCCUUUUGGCUUACAAGAUCAAAUAUCCGGAAAACUUCUUUCUUUUACGCGGGAAUCACGAAUGCGCAAGCGUCAAUGUUCUUUACGGAUUCCACGAUGAAUGUAAGAGAAGAUUCAGCUUCAAACUUUGGAAGACAUUCACUGACUGCUUUAAUUGUUUACCGAUCGCUGCUGUCAUUGAGGAAAAGAUAUUUUGUUGUCAUGGAGGUUUGUCUCCGGACUUGCAGUCUAUGGAACAGAUCCGAAGAAUCAUUAGACCCACCGAUGUACCGGAUACAGGGCUGUUGUGUGAUCUGUUGUGGUCUGACCCCGACAAAGAGGUCAAAGGGUGGGGAGAGAACGACAGGGGCGUGUCCUUCACCUUUGGCGGAGAUGUCGUCAGCAAGUUCCUGAAUCGUCACGAUCUCGAUCUAGUCUGUCGUGGACAUCAAGUAGUAGAAGAUGGAUAUGAGUUUUUUGCCAAGAGACAGCUGGUAACAAUAUUUUCAGCCCCGAAUUACUGCAAUGAAUUCGAUAAUGCGGCGGCCAUGAUGUCUGUGGAUGAAUCUCUCAUGUGCUCGUUUCAGAUUUUAAAACCAGCUGACAAGAAGCCGCUGUACAAAUAUCAAGGUCGCCCUUUGACUCCAGUUAGAAGGUCAAUCACUCACCAUGAACCUAAGGACAAUGAGGGGGAAACUCACAAAAAGUAGCUUCACAGUUUGUCAGUGUAUACUGUAUACUGUGAGACAGUAUCAAACAAUUUAUGUGCCAAUUUCAACACGAAUACAAUUUCAACACUGUAAUACUACAAAGUAGAUAUGAGGUCUUAUUUACAAUAACUAUAUUGUACAUGCAUAUAUAUUAUAUAAAUUUUCGUUUAUAAGUUGCAUAUAUGUAAUAUUUGUAAUAUUUUGUAAUAAAAUUGUGUAAAAAAGAAGCA